AUUCCAAGAAAUAAAGAUUGGCGAGGACCCCAAGCCACCGUCUGCCCCCGGUAUGCCUCGAGAAUCGCGAUUUUGCCAAACCCAUCUCUGUCUUGUCAGUUUAUGAAUCAUGCUAGGGCUGCAGGGCGUAGCAGUGUUCGAGGAGCAUACGCAACUUCAUCAGUAGACUCUUUUGAGCUUCUCGACAUGGGUCUUCCUGAAGUUGCAGAUAUCGCGCGCAAUUUUGCUGUAAUGGUCCGAGUUCAAGGCCCCGACCCCAAGGGUCUGAAAAUGCGAAAUCAUGCUUUCCACCAUUACAACUCGGGCAAAACAAUGCUCUCAGCAUCAGGGAUGAUUUUCCCGACUUCUAAGGAAAGUGCUACUUUGGGUAGUGGUUUGAAUUCGAAAUCUUCUGAUCCUGUUUUGGUUUUGACGGCUGCCUCUGUGAUUGAACCUUUUUUGCUGCAACAAUACCGAGAAAGCAAAGUGGAGACUGAAUCACGAUUGAUACCAGGAGUUCAAAUUGAUAUACUUAUGGAGGGAAAAUCUAUGGCCGAUGGCAGUAUGGAGGCUUUACCUUGGAUACAGGCUGAAUUUGUGAAGAUGGUUAACAUUCCCCAAUCAUCUGCUGCUGUCCAAUCACUAAUCGAAGCUUCUUGUGGUUCGCUGGAUAGUAGUUGGGAAGUUGGUUGGUCUCUAGCUGCACAUGGUCGUGGUCCUCAGCAAAUUAUUGACACUUCUCGUGCACAGGUUGAGGAAGAAUCACCCUUUUCGAGCCACUGGUCCACCGUGAGAAUGGAGUCGAGCAAUCUGGACCUCAUAGGGCAAUCAGCUACAAGGAUUGCUCUUCUGUCAAUUCCCUCCAAAUUAUCUUUGGAUUUCCCAAAGUUGCAAACGUCUAUUCCCAAGAGGGGGGAUCUUCUUCUGGCCGUGGGCUCUCCUUUUGGCAUAUUAUCACCUUUGCACUUCUUUAACAGUACUUCGGUGGGGUCAAUUGGAAACAGCUAUCCACCCGGUUCUUCCUCGAGAUCUUUAUUGAUGGCUGAUAUUAGGUGCCUUCCUGGAAUGGAAGGUAGCCCAGUUUUCAGUGAACGUGCUCAGUUUAUUGGGCUUCUAAUGCGACCUCUACGACAAAAAAAUAGUGGUACUGAAGUUCAGGAGGACCCUCACAACACUUGGAAAGGAAUCAAUUAUGACAAUGGAGAUUUGAAUUCAAUGGAGAAUAUGUUACCCAACGGCUGCUCGGGUAAAAACUCCCCAGUCGAGAAGACAACGAGGUCAAUUUGUCUUAUUACAACCGACGACGGAUCAUGGGCAUCUGGUGUCUUGCUGAAUAAACAAGGUUUAGUUCUUACAAACGCUCACCUCCUCGAACCGUGGAGGUUUGGCAAAGCCUCUGCAAAUGGUGACAGAUUCGGAACUAAGUUCGAGGUUGCAAUAAUUCCAAACACCAACACAAGUCAUGAUGAAAAUUCGAGUCUGGAUUUUGUUAUUAAUGAGAGGGCCGCAUUAUCGGGACACGCCUCGACAAUUUCGAACCACAGAAAUGUACGUGUUCGGUUAGAUUCUACAGAUCCUUGGAUGUGGACAGAUGCUAGAAUAGUGUAUAUUUCCAAAGGCCCAUUGGAUAUUGCACUUCUGCAGCUCGAUAUUGUUCCUGAUCAACUCUGCCCGAUUCUUGUUGAUCUUGGUUACCCUUCGUGUGGAUCAAAGGCGUAUGUGAUUGGGCAUGGGCUGUUUGGACCUCGUUGUGACAUCCUUCCAUCCUCCUGCCUUGGUGUUAUAGCUAAAGUAAUCGAAGCCACUCAGUCACCAAAGCCUAAUUCGGACGAAAAGUUUCCAGUUAUGCUGGAAACUACUGCUGCUGUCCAUCCUGGCAGUAGUGGUGGUGCUGUUGUUAAUUCUGAUGGCCGCAUGAUUGGCCUUGUCACAAGUAACGCUAAGCAUGGUGGAGGAACAGUCAUACCACAUUUGAACUUCAGCAUCCCUUGUGCUGCUCUUAAGCCUGUUUUGAACUUCUCCAAAGAGCCUUCACCCCACGUGAUUAAAUUUUCGGACAAGGAUAAUGGGAAAAGCGUGAAGGGGUCUCGUUUUGCCAAAUUCAUAGCUGAGAAAAAUGGCUUGCUGGAUACGACUGCGCAAGAAGGGGUGGCUAGAAGCCUUUUCACUAAUGACCUUAUACCCAGUAAGUUGUGA